UCCGUCUCUCCUUUCACUUCUCAAAAGUAGUUGCGAGCUUCCCUUCUUGCUCUCACGGCCCGGCGCCCAAGACACGCUCAUACACACAUUUCGUAACGCGAUAGAGUCAGUUCGCCCUAGAACGUCGAUCGGCAAGCUGUUCCUCGAGAGUCCACUCGGUGCCCACUUGGAUUUCACUUUCUCACACUCGUGGCACACUCGUGGCAGUCGAGUCAUGUGUCUGUCGGAUACAUGAGCGAUCGUAGGACAGACUAAGACUUCGCAUUCGACGAUGAUGACGAUCGUGAGGACGGCGAUCAUGCCGCUGCUGCUUCUAUUGGUUCUCUAUGACCACGCGACGAGUUUGAUUAUACCGGAGGAGAUACCGACCAUUCUCUCUCUCAUCUACUCGAACAUCCCGCCGAUCAAAAAGGGCACCGACUCCAGACUCGGUGUGGGUUUCCGUUUAGGCGAGCACGCUGAUUUCCAGGUUCUCAUUGAACUAGGCCCGCAAACCGAGACGAGCCCGAUAGGUACCGCCGAUUCUAAACGGCGGAGAGAUGCGAUGCUGAGUGCCGCGAUGAAAGGGCAAUUGGGGCCGUUGGCACAAGCGGUGGCCAAGUACCAAAUGGAGCGUAAAAUCCAAAAUGAGAUGGAGAAAUUCAAGUCGAUGAAGGAGAAGCUGAAAAAGAUUCAAGAUGCGAAUAGAACGAACGAUCAGGAUCAAGUUGUUUCCAAUAAUUGGCUGACUCGAUGGCGGCAAGAGAUAUCUCAAUCGUCGGAGGACAAUGUACUAUUAAACCCAGUUCAAAAUCAAGACGAUCAAGAAGUCCAACAAAGGAUAGGCAAACCACCAGUUAAAUCCACCAUGCGAAAGGAUAAAUUAGGGGAACUGACAAAGUUAUACAAAUCACAAGAUACGAAUAAUGCCGAGGCUACGGCAUAAAUGCGGCGUUUCGAUGUAAAUAACAUUCACAUGUGUCGUGCUAAUAAUGUAUCUUAGUUUCCUUUUUUGUUACAAUUGUCAUCAACAUUGCAGCAAUAAAAUUCACACGUAUAGAUUAUUGGAUAAA